AUGCUGCUUGUCAUUCCGAAGCUGUUGCUGAAGAUAACGGUGAUGAUGAUGCUGGUGAUGGUGGCAGUGGACCGUCUCCGAGAUUGGCGAUCGGUGGUCAUGUAUAGCUACCCCAAGGCCUUCGUUGAAGCCGCGGCGGAGUUGACGAGGAUGUAUCACGAGCAGGGCUGCGACGUGAUGAUCACUGGGCACUCGCUCGGAGGAUACCUUGCUGAAGUCGUGGCCACUUCCUUAGGACUCCCGGGAGCAGGCUUCUGUGCUCCCGGCCCGGGAUUCCACAACGGGCCGGGCGCAGGGCUGGGCUUCGUCACGGUGAACCACGAGGCGGAUACCAUCGGGAAUCACAACCACGACUUUCAUGUCAGACCACCUGUGUACAUACUCGACGGCGGGCUUCUCAUGCUCCCUUGGACAGCGCACUCCAUGGCUGAAAUGGUCAAGUACAUGUCGAAGAGGGAGGACUGGACAAACCUCAACGCCGUCGCGAAGUGCAGCGCUGAGCUGCCCAGGGUUCCCCUUCGGGUCUUCGCCGGACCUCGCUCAAGGCGGGACUGA